AGACAUGGGAAUAAUAUUCACCUGGCUCUUGUCCUGUAAUGCCUAUAUAUAUGGCUAUUAACUUGCAUCCUCAUUUAGAUAUAUAAGUCUCUAUCGGAAGAAUCAGUUUCAUAUCAUCUGCAGCUUGCAACAAUGUCACGACCAAUAUCCCUUGAUGAAAUUAUGGCAGCGUUAAAAGAAAAACACAAAACGUCUCACUUCUUGAAGAUAGACACUUUCUCUUUAGUCAAAAAACACAUCUCCAGGGUCGAGUCCUCUGUUUUUUAUCUUGGUGGUUAUAAAUGGAAACUCAUGGUGUACCCAAAUGGGUAUUCGGGUACUGUCAAUAGUAAUGUCGCCGUCAGCGUAGAGAAGCAAGCUUCAGUAAAUGUUAAUCUCGAAGUUGAGUUAUUUGUCGUCAAUCAACUAGCGAAAAUAUGGCAUUCAGGAGGAAAGAUAGGCUUCCCACCUGAAUGGACGUGGAGGGGUGAUUCAGAUUUGAUGUCUCAUGCCAAUCUCGAGAGCAAAGGGUUCCUUAUUGGAGAUUGUUGUAUCUUUGGUGUCAGGUUUUUUGGGGUUGAACCUGCUGCUUCCGGAACAGCUGAAUGUUUUAGCGUGAUUGAGAAACCUCUCAAUCACAAAGUUACUUGGAUGAUGACCAGGUUCUCGUCUUUCGCGCCUGAAAAGGUUCAUAAUUCUCACGAAUUUGUUGUUGGGAACCGGAAAUGGAGAAUUCAAGUGCACCCAAGAGGGUUUAAAGAGGGAAAAGAUAAAUCAUUUUCUGUGUAUCUAGUGGGAGGAGGGUUUAUCAAUAAUGUGCCGCAAAUCGCGAAUACUUACGCAUUAUUUAAGCUGCGUGUAUUGGAUCAAGUUAACCGAGAUCACAUUGAGAAACCUAUGUUGGGUUGGCUUGGUGAAAAUCCUGGUGUCAUCCAAGGGUUUCCAGAAUAUAUGCCUCUGUCGAACCUUGGUGAACCUUAUUUGGUGAAUGAUAAGUUAUAUGUGGGAGUUGAGUUUGAAUUCAUCUCUGUGACUAAUUAUUGUUAGCUUUAUAAGAGGACAUCACCACGUGGAAGAACAAGACCUGAAACCUCAAGUAUGUUUGGACUAAAGUCAUUUGUCUUUCUUUUCUUUGCUUUAUGAAUAAAAGGGUGCACUGCUCUUGUCUCACACAUCACUCCCUUAGUUAUUGUGUUUUCCUGUUUCCAAGUUUGUAGGAACUUAUGGUUCCUUAAAUUAUUACCUCUGUAAUCUUUCUACAUAUAUGAUCGAACCCUCUUUGGUCGA